ACUCAUAGUCACGUGAUAACGCGUCCUUACUCGGUUGGUUUUUUUAGAUUCGCUUGGAGAGAUCACGAAAAUCAACGCUUGCAACUAAUUGCAAGUGCUCAAAUUGUGCUUAACUUGUUUAUUGUGACUUAAAAGUAAUUCACCAUGUCAUCAAAAUCCAAAAAGACUGUUACAUCCUCGUCUAAUGUAAGUGUUGUGUCAUCUAUGCAGAGCCCACCUCAAUCAAGCACUCCGGUUGGCAGCCGUUCUUCUAGCGCGGCCGGCCGCCCUAGCAGCCCUCUAAGUCCUACAAGACAUACCCGAUUGCAAGAAAAAGAUGCCUUACAAAACCUCAAUGAUCGCCUUGCGGCAUAUAUCGACAAAGUUCGUCAACUUGAAAGUGAAAAUUCAGGGUUGCGUCGCGAGAUACAAACUACACAGGAGGUCGUCACCCGCGAGGUAUCCAAUAUCAAGGGAAUGUAUGAACAUGAGCUUCAGGAAGCUCGGAGGAUGUUGGAUGAAACAUGCCGUGAAAAAGCUAGAAUGGACAUAGACCUAAAAAGAUUACGCGAAGAAAACAAUGAGUUAGCAAAGAAAUUGGAGAAGAAGACCAAGGAUUGGCAGCAGGCGGACAAUCUGGUGCGGCAUUACGAAACUCGCUACACCGAAGAGAGCAACAAAUACAAUACCGCUUUGGCUGAUAAGAAGAAAGCUCAAGAUGAAGCGAGGGAAUUGGCUAAAGAGCUUGAGAAGUUGCGUAAGCUGUACAAUGACACGCGUAAGACGCUGGAAGAGGAGAUGCUGUGCCGCAUCGACAUGGAGAACACGGUGCAGAGUCUGCGCGAGGAACUCACCUUCAAGGACCAGGUCUUCCAGCAAGAGCUGCACGAGACACGCUCACGCAGACAGGUUGAAAUCUCGGAAAUUGACGGCCGGUUGGCGCAGCAGUAUGAAGCCAAGCUGCAGCAGAGCCUGCAGGAGCUACGCGAGCAGCAGGAGGCCAACAUCAAGGCCAACCGCGACGAUAUUGAAGCUCUCUAUGAGAAUAAGUUGAAGAAUCUGCAAGCAGCCGCCAACCGCAACAGCAGCGCCGCGACCGUGGCGGUGGAGGAGCUGCGCACUAUGCGCACGCGCAUCGACAGCCUCAACUCUAACCUCAAUGAGCUCGAGAACAAGAACGCCGCUCUGAGCAACCGUUGCCGUGAGCUGGAGCGUCAGCUGGAGUCGGAGCGCGCGCGGCACGCGGAGGACCUGGCCUCGCUGGAGCAGGAGCUGGCGCGGCUGAGGGACGAGAUGGCCACGCAGCUGCGCGAGUACGCCACCCUCAUGGACAUCAAGAUCUCCCUGGACCACGAGAUCGCCACCUACAGGGCGCUCAUUGAAGGCGAGGAGGACAGGUUGAACAUAACUGGUCAGUCCCCGGGGCGGGAGUCGCGGGAGUCCCGCGCGUCGGUGAGCGGCAGCGGGCGCGCCACCCCCGGCCGGCGCGGCACGCCGCUGCGCGCGCGCAAGCGCACCCUGCUCGAUGAGACCGAGGAGCGCAGCCUGCAGGACUUCAGCGUCACCUCCAGCGCCAAGGGAGACCUCGAGAUCUGCGAGGCUUGUCCCAACGGCAGCUUCGUUAAGAUACGCAACAAGGGCAAGAAGGAGCAAAGCCUGGGCGGGUACCAGGUGAUCCGCAAGGCAGGCGAGCAGGAGACGGUGUUCAAGUUCCACCGCACGGUGAAGGCGGAGCCGGGCGGCGUGGUGACCGUGUGGUCGGCGGACGUGGGCGCUGAGCACGAUCCGCCGCGGGACAUCGUCAUGAAGGGACAGAAGUGGUUCGUCGCUGACCACUUCACUACCACGCUGUACAACAUCGAUCAAGAGGAGGUGGCGGUGUCUGAGCGCCAGCGGCGGCAGGUGAGCACCAGCUCGCAGCGACACCGCGAACUCUCGCACAAGUUCCCGCGCCGUGAACAGAUCGGAGAAAUACGUGAAGGGGAUGAGAAUUGCCGCAUAAUGUAACGUUGAUCGUGUCAGUUGUCCUCACUACCAGUGCCUUGGACUUCAAUAACGCGCAUUCACAAAUAAUUUAAUAACAUUAAUUAUGAUAUAUCAAUUUUCCCCAUAGAGUAUCCUUGCCUACUUGUAUCUUGUAAAAGUCUGCAAUAUAUGAGAGAAUCAAAAGUACAUUUUAAAUCAUGAAUACCAAAUGGUACUCAGUCCUUACAUUAAAGGUCAAAGUUUCCAGGCCCUCUAUGCAAUGUUCAUUCAAAUUCAGUAAUCAUUAAUAAAUAAAAUUAAGAGAUCGCUGAUAAGAUAAUCAUUUUUCACUGCCUCAAAGUUCAAUAUUUAUCUUCGUGUUUAUUAGUGAACAAAGUACAAAAUCGUUAGUUCACUAGUGUUGGUAAGUAUUUUCUAAUAUAUUGUUAAAAUAAGAUUUCCCCACCCCGUAGCUUUGCACUGAUAUCUAAAUAAUGCAAUCCAUUUAAUAAUUUAGGUAGAUGAAAUCUACUAAAGAUGAUUCAUAGUAAACUUAGAUAUUACUUUGACUAGAAAAUCACUUUAUUUAGGUUAAGAGUUUUUUUUGACAUCAUUGUGGUUGUCGUUAACAUAAGGUAACAUUUGUCAUACAUUUUAACAAUAUUAUUUAGUAAUUACUUGAACAGGUGCAAGUCUCAAAACCUGCAUAUUAUAGACAGGGGUAGCGAACCACUGCACACGUACAUGUCGACGAUCAUUAAAAAAGUAUGAAGUAGCUAUUAUGUGAAAAGCUAACGUGAAGUCUACCAUGCCAAAAAGAAUUGACGUAAUAAUCAUAGUCAAAAUUGAUGGCACGUCUAUUGUCGCAAUAAACAUUUCUUUUAAAACAAACCAAAUUGCCAUAAUUUGAUGUAUUAAGGUUCGCUACCCCUGUUAAGUUGUAUUUUGAAACGGCAUUUAUUUUAGGAAAUGGGUUGUCGUAUAUUUUGUAAUACUACUUAUAACACUAAAAUAUCAUUAGAUUAAAUUUUAAGAUAUAAGAUAUUUCACAUGGCCAUUUUAUUGUCAAGAGAGGAUUGAAUCUAUUUCUUUGUCAAAAAUACGAUUUUGUGGUAAAUGAGUUAAUCAUGAACCCUUUUUGUUUUUUAUUAUUAUUAUUUUAGACUCAGAUUUUGUAUUCCAUGUGUAAAUUACAUAUUAAAUAAAGAUUUAUUUAGACUUAGAA